UAGCAAAGGUAUAUUACCCUGAGCCGCUGUGGGAUACACUAGCAUUUAAUAUCCCCGACACUGGUCUGUGUUUUCUGUGCAUUACUCAUUUUCUCACUUGUGUGGUUGGGAUAUUGGAGGACUGUAAUGUCACGACUCGGUCCUCCAGGUAGUCGUCCCCCCACCCCCGGUCUCUGUGGUACAGUACUUUACUCGCGUCUCUACAUUCCUCCCCCUGCUCCAUUCUUGGUCUGCUGUAGUAGAGGAUUCUCAAUUUCCUGACGGUCUCAGCAGCUUUUCACAAACUCAUCAUGGAUUCAUAGAGAAUACGGGAGAGGACGGAGGAUUUCUGCAGCCCAGCUGUCCCUCUGGAGACGUGCUUGAUUGAUCUCAGCUGGUUGAAAGGUGCUAGAGGCUGGAACAGGACUGAAGGGAAUGGAAUACCUUCAAAGCUCCAAAUAAACCCCUUUUCACAGCUCGCUGUCCCAUUGAAAACCUUUCGAUUUGCAUGCAGCACAGAAACCAGGACCAGAGGAAACAGUUGGAAAUUAAGUGGCGAUAGACCGAGAACAGAGGGGUUGUGUGAGGACCGAGGCAUAGAGAGGAUGGGUAAGAGGCGCUGUGUUCCCCCACUGGAGGCCAAGCUGGCGUCCAGCUGCUGCAGGGUGAAGAAGCCCAAGCUGUGUGGGAGUAGCCAUGGGACACCCCCAGGCUCCAGCUCCAGCAUGGGCCCCAACCCCCAGCACGGAGUGGAGGUAGGAGUGGGUGGAGGUGGAGGAGGCGGGAGCUUGAACUUGGGGAACCAGACUCCCCCGCUGGCCCGGAUUAACCCGGGUCCGGUGGUGCUGAGCCCGCUGGUCCGCAGGAACGGAGUGGGAGGCUAUGGGCGCACCCUGGUGGUGAGUGCCGAGAUGUGUUUCUACUGCUUCGACGUGCUGCACUGCCACCUGCUCGGGUACCCCCAGUCCUGCCUGCCCCGCUUCACCAACGAGUCCUACCCCCUGUUUGUGACGUGGAAGACGGGCAGGGACAAGCGUCUCCGCGGCUGCAUCGGGACCUUCUCCGCUAUGAGCUUGCACUCAGGACUCAGGGAAUACACUCUAACUAGUGCCCUUAAAGACAGCCGCUUCCCUCCGAUGACCCGCGAGGAGCUGCCCAAACUCUUCUGCUCCGUGUCUCUGCUCACCAACUUUGAGGACGCGGCCGACUACCUUGACUGGGAGGUGGGAGAGCAUGGAAUCCGGAUUGAGUUUGUGAAUGAGAAGGGGAUGAAACGCACAGCCACAUACCUUCCUGAGGUGGCCAAGGAACAGGACUGGGACCAGAUCCAGACUAUAGACUCUCUGCUGAGGAAGGGAGGCUUCAAAGCAGCCAUAACCAACGAACUGAGGAAAACUAUUAAACUGACACGGUAUCGCAGUGAGAAGAUGACCAUCUCGUACUCAGAGUACCUUGCCUCCCGUCAGCACUGCUAUCAGAACGGCGCUCUCCACUCCUCGUCACUCUUCAACCAUUACUCCUGACACCAGUCCACCAGCUCAGCCCCGCCCACUGGGCGCCACUGCUGCCUACGACAUCAUCGUUGCUGAUGGAGGCAAUAAUGCCUAUGACGUCAUUGGUGGCGCAACCAGCACCUCAACUUGGUCCAGCUAUUUUUAUUACUGCACUAUAUUGUGAUGCCAGUUGGCGACUUGAGGAGGGAGAAAAAAUACCCUCACACAGCAGAUCUCACAGAAACAAAUAUGGCAGAGAGAAGCUGGGACGCAUGUGACCCCACUAAUACUAAAUUAGAACCUGUCUUGACGUCAUUUUGAUAGCGUGUAUGAGCAUCACUGAUUUAGAGUCUGCAUAUCUCCUUCUAUCAGUACCAGUGGUGUGCUGAUGAGUCAGUUUGGCUAUACCCGUGAAAUCUUACAACACUGCAAUGGAACCCUUAAUAUUUUACCCAUCUGUCACAAUCUUGAUUGGAAAUCACUAUACCAGUACUGCAUAAAGACUUCCCCAAAGCAAACUAGUAAAAAUGAGAACUAUUAUCACAUUAGGAAAGCCAAAAAUCUUAAUAGCUGGUUUUAGUUUAGAAAACCAAAAACACCCAGAGCUCUCCCUUUUAUAACGCGAUCGUCGGAAGCCAUAGAUAUGAGGCCAUGCUGUUUGUGUUGCACCUUAAUAAUGAGAAUGAAAGUGCUAGUGGAAUGGCAUUAUGGGACAAAUGGGGCCCACCACAGUGCUGCCCGGUUCUGUGUUAUAAAGAGCUGCCUUAUAAAGGGAAACCACUGGAAUAGUAACUCUGAAUGAUUUGCACAUUCUUUAUCUGUACCCUUCUGUACGUAACUCCCAACAUUCACGAAGGAUUUCCUCAGUUUGCAUCAGUUUGUUCUAAAUGGAUCAAACUGUUUGCAAAACUUUAAAUAAAUAACCUUGUAUUCAUUCAAGGACCCCUAUGUACAGCAGUUAUUUCUUGAUAGGUUUGCAGACGCUGCGCUGGACUAAUACCUCUUGACCUAUCUUUCCUACUCCGAUAGUCAUUUUAACCGAGCUCCGAACCUCAAUCUGUACCUCCAGAACUGGCCACUCGCCCUCAAUCUGUUCCCCUCUGUACCUCACUGUAAGAGACCCCUCCUUUUCAUCAACGUGUCCCCUCUGUACCUCAUCAUAAAGUAUUAACAGUGAGCUGAAGACCGCACGGUCUCCACGUUAAAGAGCUACUUCUUUCUGUAUUAAAAUAGCCAGUGCUGAAACCUG